AUGCGCCCUGAGCGCUUCCCCCGCGCCUCCCCCUCGGGGCUCGGGCGCAGGCGGGGCGGGCGAUGUGGCGGCGGCCGCGGGCACCUCCCGCCCGCUCCGGGCGCCUGCGCCGCGCCCCGCCAGCGAGGGGGGGAAGAGUUUCGUAACCGGCGCAUGCGCGCCGCAGCCGCAUCCCCGCUCGGUGGAGGAAGAAGGGGGGAAAAAGGCCUCUCUUUGCUGGGUUACCAUCUGUGCAACUACACCCUGACCAGAAGUGUGUUUAAAAUGGUUGCCUACCAAAAGUCCUACGAGAAGAACACAUCCUGUGGAGGGUGGAUCCCGUGGAUGGUGUGUCCCCAGACACAUUACAGAACACAGUUCCACGGUGUUGAAGUCCCUGAAACCGUCACUCUCACGGAUUGCUGUGAAGGAUACGAACAAGUUGGACUCUACUGCUCUCUAGCACUCAAUAGAUCCAGUGUAUUUGCCUCAAGACCUGGUAUCUGUCCAGUGAAGGAUAUGGAAACAUUUGAUUACCCUUGCACGUUCGAUACUGAAUGUCCAGGGCUGAAGAAAUGCUGCAGCUCGUCCAAAGGAGCAGGCUGUGUGGAUCCCAUGCCAGAGGGGAGGACGUUCUGGUACAACGUGACAGUGCUUGUGAAAAUGGAUUUUAAUGAAUUAAUCCGGGUGGAUUCCCACCUUCUGAAUCACUCCCGCCUUUUGCACUCCGUGAUCACCGGUGCGCUGCAGCCCCUGGAUGCCUCCGUGCACCACAUCCAGAGUAACCGUGGGGACAUCUACGCUGGGACAGUGGCCUCGCAGCUUCUCCUGGGAAUGCACCACCCAGCUCCUCUGGCAGAGGUUUCCUCCUCCCUGAAGGCCAUGGCGAAGCGCGUGUAUGAAGUGAUCGACACGGAGGUGCAAGAUGUCGAUGAAUGCUCCUAUGCUGAAUUCAAUGCUUGCCCUGAGAAAAGCAGCUGUGUAAACCUGGAGGGUUAUUACAGCUGCCACCCUCAGCAUGAACAUGCCACUGCCAUCCCUCACUGGCUGAGCCCAAGGGAGGAAGUUACAAACCAUCAGAUCCUCAGCAUUACCAGCAACAGCUUUGAAAUGUCCUGGCUUGUCAGUUCCACCCUGAACCACACUUUCCAAGUCCAGGUGUCCAAGGGCAAUGAAACUGUGCAAAACCUGAAGACAGAGGAAAUGCAAAUGGUGGUGUCUCACCUGGAAGCAGGUGUGAUGUAUUCAGUAGAGAUCAGCUACGAAACCUGUGGAAAAACCAUUAUCUCCCGUCAAAAUGUUAAAACAGAGGCCAAGAUAUUUGAUGUUACUAUGAGGAUUCUGAACUACAACUUCACCGAUGAUUUCCGUAAUUCCAGCAGCUCAGCUUAUGAGGAGUUUUCAAGACUGUUACUUACAGAGCUUGAAAAUUCAUUUCCACCCAAUGUUUCUGCCCUGUACAAAUCUGGGAAGCUGAAAGUGCAGAUUGAAUCCCUGGCAGCAGGAAGCAUCAUUGUGAGGCUCAGAAUGACCGUGCAGGAUCCUGAGUUUCCAGUGGAUGCCUCCACAUUUGCCCCAGUGCUUUCCUACCUGCACAAUGGCUCCGUGCUUGUGGUGGAUCAGCAAAACACAGCAGUCAAAGACUGGGAUGAAUGUGCUUCCCAAGCUGAGAAUGACUGCUCUGUGUUUGCAGAGUGUAUCAAUUUGAUGGGCUCCUACACGUGCAGGUGCAAGACAACCACGGAUACCAAUCCAUCCCGACCUGGAAGGAACUGUCAGGGUGAGAUUGUGGAUCCCCUCGCUGAAACCAUGGCUCCUGAAGGAAGGACCAGCACAGACUUUGCUCUUGAAGAAGGAAGCCCUGCAGGCCCUGCUCCCGCUGCCACCGCCAAGACUGCCGCCUCCGGCUCGAGCACCCUCACACUCCUCCCUGCCGCGCCGGGCCGGGGUGACAAACAAGCGUCCCACCGUCCCACCAGUGCUCCUCCAGCCCCUCGGGAAGAAGGUCUGGCCCCACAGAUGGGUUUCAGCAGCGACAGCAGCCCCAUGGCCGCUGGCACCGCGAGCCCACCGCAGCAAAGCUCCGCGGCCCAGGCCGCUGUCCCAAAGGCGCCCGCGGGCACAGCCGGGCAGCAGCAGCUCAGCUCAGCUCGGCCGUUUCCGAAUCAAACAGCCUCAGCUGCCACCAGGGCUCGCACGGCUGCUGCCCUGCCCCGAGCCGGCUCUGGAGGCGGCCCUGACACGGCUCUGCUGGCCACAGGGAACGCUGGCAUUGGCACCCUCGGCGUCGCUCCGCGAGCAGAGGGAGAGGUGGGAAGGGAGAACGGCUCUCGACAGCAGCUGAAAUGGCAGAUUAAAACUGAACAUAGCAGUGUGACAGUCUCAGAGCUGGAACCUGGUGCCUGAUACCCUGUGGAGGUGCAGUGGGCCUUCCAGAAACUUAGCGGCACAGUUCAGAUCACAAGCAUGGAAUACUCUCCUGGCUUUAGCAAUACAAGCAGUGAGGAAUAUCAAACCUUUGCACAGCUCUUUGUGGAUGAAGUGCAUAAAUCUCUGCCCCCCGAGGUGCUCCAGCAGAUGGAUGCUGGUCUGAUUCAAGUGCUGGUAACGGGUGUCACUAAUGGGAGCACAGUGGUAAGUUUCAAUCUGCUGCUUGCAGAAGAAGUGGAUGUCCAGCACGUCAUCACUGCUUUUUGUGAGGCCUUGGAACACAGCUCCAACCUCACCAUCAACAGGAGCAGCCUCUCCAUACAUGCACUUCCCUUCAUCCAGAAGGCAACAGUGACGGAUAAGAAACCUGUGCACAGCACAAUUUUACCUGUGACAUUUUUGCAAACUUCAGCUCGUGUUUCUUCUUUUGCUUCACUGGACUUCUCUCCUGCUGAGCACACAGCUCUGGAGGACACCAUGUUCUCCAGCACGGAGCUGGCUCCUCUCACCAUGGAUCCCAUGGCAACUCCUGAUGUUUCUCCUCGAGCAUCUCCAGCUCCCCUUGUCAAACCCACCCAAGAGGUUUCCAUUAAAGACACAGUGAGUGUGUUGUGUGAGAUUGAGAGGAUCGUCCUUGCCAUCCAGAAGAGAUUCCUGCAGCAGGAGUCUAUCCCAGAGAGUUCCCUGUUCCUGGGGGAGCCUGGCUGCAAUGUGAGCACCAGCAAUGGCACCCACGUUGUGCUGCAGGCGGGCUGGAGCGACUGCGGCACCCAAGUUGAGACCAACAUGACUACUACCGUGGUGAAAACCACCCUUCGGAGUGAUGUUUCUGCUCAGGGAAUAAUCCACCACUUGAACAUUGCCAGUCCCAUCCACUGCGUGUUUCAGAACGAUGUCUUGACUUCCUCCGGGUACACUGCAGAAGGACUUUACACCAUCUUUGAGGAUUUGCACGGAUCUGGACACUUUAGAACAGAGAUGCAGCUGUUCAUUGGAAACUCCCCGGUCCCCAAAAAUUUCAGCGUCUCUGCCAGUGAGGAUGUGCUGAUCGAAGUGGGGAUGCAGAGGGCAGGCAGCAAGCUCAAGGUGGUUCUCACUGACUGCUGGGCCACUCCAACCAACAAUUCAGUGGAUCCCCUGUCAUUUGUUUUUAUCAGCAACAGCUGUCCCAUCCCAAAUACUUACACCACGCUGCUGGAAAAUGGGAAUUCGAGCAAAGCUCAGUUUAGGAUGAAAAUUUUUUCCUUUGUCAACAACUCUGUGGUUUACUUACACUGCAGAAUUCGCAUUUGUAUGGAGACACCAGGAAGCACCUGCAGGACCAGAUGCCAUGCGAGGGCUGGACUCCUGAAGGCUGGAGAAACCAUCGCCCUGCACAGAACAUCCUGGGGACCCCUGUGUAAAUCAGCUGCAUCUGAUUUGAAGACAGAGAAGGCUGGAAUGGGAAUUGGAUACAUCAUCCUCAUAGCCCUUGCUGUGGUUGGUUUUGUGCUGGGAGUUGUGACCCUUCUCAUUUUCCAGUACCAGCGAAAGACAGGAAGAUACAACCUCAGGAUCAAGUCUGACAACUUCAGCUACCAAGUGUUCUAUGAUUAGUGAUUCACAGGUUAUCACAUUGGGAUCGUAUCACGUGGAGAAUUGAAGUUUGUCUUCACUCAGCAUUUGGCUUUCCUUGCUCUACACAACACCAUCUCUUUCAAACUAUUGUAAUAUAUAAAAAGCUUCUAUACUCCCUUUCUCUGCUCCACCUCUUUUUUUCUUAGCAAUCUGGUUCUUCCCUCGUGUCCUAAGAACUCUUUGUGACAACAGCUCCAGGUUGAAGGGAAUUUUGGCAGUUUUUCCAUUGAUAAAAUAGAAGGGAAGAAAACAAAGACAUCUGGCUCUCUCUUCAAGUUCCAAGAUCUGGUUUUCUCACCGUGACGUAUCACUAUGUGCUCAUCUUAGCAUCACUCGUGCCAUUAAUAUUGACAAGUUGCAUGUUUCCAUUGAUAUUCAAGGAAGUAAAUCAGCAAACCCUCGGAGAGAUCUCUUUUUCAGUUUGUAAGUCGCUGUUUACUCAGGGUGAGGUUGAAACUUUGAGCUGCAGCAGCAUUGAAGACCUAACUGUGCAACGCCUUAAGUAUACAGAAGCUGGGGAACAAGCACUGGAUUUGCCACCAAGAGAGGAAAAGCCACUGUGGAUCUGGGGCUUAACAUACUCAGGGUGUUCUUCAGCAUGAGUUUUUAAAUUUGAUUCAUUCUGUAAUCGACAAGGAUUCAGUGGAAAAGAAAGAAAAAAACACCAACAAACUAUUUUUGUUGCUGGCAGCCCAUGUUUUUCCAGAUAAAUCAAUUGGUACCUGUGUAUUCCGCUUCAUUAGAGCCUAAUGAUUGUGCAGUCAAGUCACACGGUGCUUCCCACCUAACUGAGAGCUCUCCAAUUUCAAAUGAAGAGUUAUGAAUUUGACCUGAAUUUUGCCUGGCUGCGAGACCAUCAGUGCAGCAGCAAAGGCUCCGUUUGCAUGGUCCACUGGGUACAACAACAGUCUGUUCAGCUGGAUAAACUGGGGCAAAAAUCUCUUCCACGCAGUCAGCAUCUCCUGCAGCGCUCUUCCCUGGGCUGCUCUUCUCUGCUGCCCCAAAUCUCCACCUAAGUGAGUGUGUUGGAAGAUGGGA